UUGGAUGUGGAUAGUUUCCAAAACACCACCACCAUUAAGCGACUAAGCCUGAAGAGGAGGCCCAGGGUGGCACUCAAUGAUGUGGAAAAAACAGAGGGGGGCAUUUCAACAGGCAAAUGGAAUUCUGCAGAGUCCUUAUCAUCACCUGGCGGGGAUGGUACGAGACUACUUGGUAUGUCUUCUGCAGCGAAAGGUAGACCCCCUCUCCCCCCACCACACGGUUCAUCUUUGGAUAACAAGCCUUCCAAGAGUGAAGCUCCGGCCACCUCUUCUACACUUUAUGAGUCGAAGCCCCAACCAGCCGCAAGAUGUUUCAUAUCUCAAAGACAAAGCCCCGUGGUAGAAAAGACUGUUGUGGAGAGUCAAAAGCCUUUUAAUCAGGAUUUCAUAAGCCAGUCGCCCCCUCAGCCCUUCCCCCGUCGACGACUAGCCAGCUUUGGAGGCGUAAGCUCCCCCGGAUCACUUUCACCCUUCACUGGCCUGUGUGCGUACAACCAGAACAACAAUGGGAACAAGCCCUCUGCCGAUGGGUAUGUCCCACUCGGCUCAUCCUUAGAGACAAGAGGCAGCACAGGAAGCCUGCAAGUGACCCCUCUAAGUUCUGGUAGAUCUACUCCACUUACAAGUCUCGGGCCCGUGCACCUACAGCAUGUUCGCGACCAAAUGGUUGUCGCGCUGCAAAAGCUGAAGGAGCUGGAGGAGCAGGUGAAAAUCAUCCCUGUCCUACAGGUAAAAAUCUCUGUCCUUCAGGAGGAGAAGAGGCAGCUGAUGUCUCAGCUCAAGAACCAGGGGGACAGAGAGGGAGUAAAAGAUGUGAUCUGGAAAAGAUCAUAUGGCAUAGAUGGGCUUGACAGUGAGGAUAGGGUGACUACUGUAGCAGAUCUUGAAGGUCUUGAGAAAAGUGACAGCCCCGACUUUAGGGGGUUCAGGCAACUGACUGAGGAGAUGCAGUUACUGGAAAAGGCCAUCAAAGGGGGACAUUUGCAAACACAGCAUGGAAAGGAUUUUAGCCCCUUGCAAGUCAAAACUGUUAGGUCAGUUGCAGUCGGGAGUGAUAUAGAUUUGGACGUGACCUUGUCUAAACCCUCAAGAGAAAACAAAUAUGUGUCCACCGAUCAAGUAGAAAUGAGGUCCAUUGCAACAGAAGCGUCUGAAUUUACACUUCCUCCUAAUACAGAACAGGAGGAAGAGCUUGUUGCCCAGCAACAAUUAAAUGCUGCCUUAACCGAGAGAAUAUGCCAGUUAGAAACAGAGUUGAAAGAAUCAGCUCUCCAGACCGAGUUAACCCGUCUUAAACUGGAGCUUCAUGUUGCUGGGGCCAGGAACCGAGUUGAAAAAGCUUGCCUCGCACGGCCAUCCACUCUAAGUGUAGGUACAGAGACAAAACCUUUCACCAGAGACCAGGGAGUCGGUAAUCACACUGAGUUUCGAGAUGCCAGCACAGGAGAGUCAACAGAGGUGAAGACAGUGGGUGUUUCCUGUGCGCCUGAGAUAAAAAACAUCUGCACAGGACCUGAUGUUCCCAUGAGCCACUGGGAGAUCAGGGAGCGAGUGGAUACCAGAGAAAAGGCCGUUGGACAUCAUGUUUUCACAAACACGCAAGGAGUUGGAACAGAGAUCAAGUUAUGUGACGCAGAAAGCAACACGGUGGAUGAUCUGCAGACUAUGACAGGAAAAAUCAAAUGUCAUUCAGUGGCUUAUAGAGAUUCCUGUGAUAAUGUGUCUAUUUGUGAAGAAAAAGAAAUGGGUUCUCGCGGAAUGGGCUCCUACCCAGUCCGAGGAGUUGAUAUGGGAAUCAUGGCAUCGCCCCUAACAGCUUCACAGAAUACCAACACUGAAUCCAGCUCAAAGUCUCGCUUUACCAACACCAGCCAGGCCCUCAGCAGCAACUCCAGCACAAAUGCUGUGGUCAGUACCCAAAACAAGCACACCAACACCACUCAGACUUUAACUCGGACGGUGUCCGUGGGCAGCAGGGUCAGAGACAUCACAUGUGCCAUAGAAACCGACACCAUCGGUGGAAAUAAUGAAAAUCUCCCAGCCAGUAUUUCAAAACGAACACCAGAGAAGGGGAUCAAAGUAACUCGGGAUUCUGGUGUCGGCUUCACUAACAUUCAUGACAAUUUUCUGGUUGGACUGAAAACUCGAAAUAUGGCCUCUGGACCAUCACAUCUCCCUGACCCCGUCAAGACAAAAAGUAUCGGGGUCGGCGAGGGGCGGAUAAGAGAUUUUUCAGUUUCAACUAGUACACCUGGAAAAAAAUUCCAACAGCCUGCAAAGUUAGAGUGGGACCAUGAAUUGAACCAUUACAUGGAGAAUUUGCACAUGAUCUUGAUGGAGCACACAGGAGACAACAACGACCAUCAGAAGUGCCCCAAGCCAUUUUGCAGUAACAAAACAGUGGCAGAAGGAGAGACAGAUAUGCGUCAGGUUUCCUCUCCACCAACAGCAAACACGGACUCCCCAACGUCAUUUGACUCUUGCCAGAGUGGCAAAGCAAAUACAGGAAUCCAUCAACAGGGUGGUAAUGACUCAGAGGUGAAAAGAAUGAUUAAAAUGUUAGAACAGCAGACGACCUCAGCUAUGCAAGACAAGUCAACUAAUGCCUUUAAGCCACAAUCAGCAAUGAAGAAGCAGGGUGGGGACCAGUGCAGUGGUAGCAACCGGAAAAGCAUGAAGUUUAUGAGGGUGUCUGCAGGAUUGGAGCCCAGGUCAGUUUACGAGCACAAGGAAGCAGACAGAGCAGGAAAUGAAAGAUUUAUGGGCUUUUCUCAAAAUGGAAUCAAAGCAAGAAAAGGAAAUGAGGACUCCUACGACGGAUCAACAGGAACAGCUAAAUUAUACUGGCAACAGAGGUGUAAGCCAAAUGAAAGGAUUAUUUCUGCUUGUCAGGCUCUAAAGAUCCACCUGAGUGAUGACACAACUCUAUCCAGCAGAGAAUUGCUGCAGGACUGUCUACAAACUCUCCGACAGGAGUGGUUUUCUGUCUCCAGCCACAAGUCUGCAACUCCUGACAUUGUAGAGGACUAUCUAGCUACAUUUCGGAUCAUUUCACCCUCAGUGUUGCAACAUAUAGCCAACAUGGCUGAUGGAAAUGGAAACACUGCCCUGCACUACAGUGUUUCUCACUCCAACUUCGGCAUAGUCAGAAAGUUGCUUGAUGCAGAGGUGUGUAACGUAAAUCAGCAGAACAUGGCCGGUUACACACCUAUCAUGCUGGCGGCACUCUCAGCUGUGGAAAAUCAAGAGGAUAUGAAAGUUGUGGAGCAACUCUUUGCACUAGGAGACAUCAAUGCCAAGGCGAGCCAGGCUGGACAGACCGCUCUGAUGCUAGCCGUGAGCCACGGCAGGAUGGACAUGGUGCAGGCCCUCCUGGCACAGGGCGCGGAUGUGAACGUCCAAGAUGACGAGGGCUCCACGGCGCUGAUGUGUGCGAGCGAACACGGUCACGCGGACAUUGUUAAACUACUCCUGGCACAGCCAGACUGCGAUGCCACCCUGACUGACAGUGAUGACAGCACUGCCCUGUCCAUUGCAUUAGAAGCAGGGCAUAAUGACAUUGCAGUGCUCCUUUAUGCUCAUGCCAACUUCUCCAGACAGACAGGGGCAGUUGCUCGACACGGUGGAAGGUUUCUCUCAGGAGGAAGGAACAUCUUUGAAUGAGAGGAUGUACACGAAGAUGAGUGAAUUCUUCAUGAUCACAUGAUCAGUGUACCUGACUGACAGUUUUGUGACACCUUUAAUGUACAAGCAGACAAGAUUGAGACAUGUUUAAUAUACAAGCUGCUUCUUUUUGUCCGGUAUAUACGUAUUGUUGAAAUAUUCUUUAAUAAAGAAAUAGCAUAAUUCAUAAUGCAAGCUACUACAUAAAUAGAGUCAACAGGUUUUACAUUGAAGAUUAUAUUUCAUGUUGUUUAUCAAAAGUCGUAAAACCUGGAAAAUUUCUUCAUCUUUUAAUGGUAAUGUAUUUCAGAAAAAUAUUAUACGCUGAAGCUUCUACUCUGCGUUUUGUGUUUUCAUUUGGUGACCCUUACAGACAAACCGUAGAGUAAAACAGGACAACAGAAAACACGACGAUCUUCUCAAAACACAAAAUGUUUCAGUAAAGAAAAAAACAACUAAUCAAAGUCACUUAUCAGAGCACAGCAACAAAAUCCAAAGCGCAAUGCAAGAAAAACCUAAUUAAAACGUGUAAAAAGAGAAUGCAUCAUUGUGUUUUCUGCUGCACUGUUGAGUUUUCUGCAUUUCAUUGCGAACAGCUCUUGAUUGUUUCUGUCCAAUAUUUUUGCUUCACAGCUGCAGGCUACUGUAAUUGAAUGAAUUUGAAAUUAAAUCCCUAAAUUGAAAUUAAAAUAUUGAGAAUUAGUACAUUUAACUAAAGAAUCAAUGAUAAUUGCAUUUUCAUUGGUUAAACAUCAAACUUAUAGUUUACUGUAUUAUUAAAUCAUGAUGAGACUUUGAUCAAACUUUAAAAGAAUAGCUGAGCUUUUUUUUCUAUGUAUCACAUUUAACAAGGCUCAGUUUUAGCAUGUUUCUUGCAACUUCUCUCCACUAGAAAGCUUGCCUGUAUUUGUUUUGAAAAGUUACAGAACCGUUAUCUGGGGGCAUUCAAGACUUCAACACCCUGUUAUUCCAUCCAGGAAUAACCUACAUUUGGAAUCCAAAUUCUUACUUUUCUGCUCCUCUUCCAAAUCACUAAUGGCAGAACCCUCUAACCUCUUUAUUUCCUCUUAUCUCAUGCAGAAUUGUCAACACUUAGACCCCCCUGUCUCUACUACUUUGAUUUGUAAAUCUUUGCCAAGCUUUCACAGAAAGUUUCAUGAAGAGUGUUUAACAAGACUCAUUAAACUUUAAACAUUUCCUUUGAGGACGGCUGUGAAUUACUGGCUGAUUCGCAGGCUUUUGGAUCCGACGCUGCAAAUCCCUGCCUGGAUAACUGAUCAGUCAUCUCGGCGCCAUCCCUGUUGUACUUCCGCAGGUUAAAACUGAAUUUUAGAUUUCUGUGAGUCAUACAUGAUUGAUCAGAUGUUCCCAAUAACCUAUGCCCCUUCAGGUCUGAAUGUUCUGAUGAAUAUUCCAUAUGAGAUUCAGUGGGGGGAGAGGAGUUUUGAAUAGAUGGAUCCCUCACACAAGAAGUUGUGAAUAAACAUGACUGGUGUUAAAUCAAACACAUCGAACAUUACUAUUGUGAGAAUUCUGUAUGUGUAUUAUAUGCCUUUCCCACCAAAGUGUUUCUGUUUUUAUGUGAUCUCAAGAAGUUAUGUAUGAAAACAUUGGACACUGUGUCUUGGAUAUUUAUGCUCUGUCUUU